GGCGGCUUGGGCGACGGGGUUGCCUGGUUUGGGGCGGCUGUCACUGAAGUUCGGCUCUUCGUUAGGCCUGGCUUAUGACUCGCAGCAGCAACUGCAGCUGCUGCGUACGUGUCCUGAUUUGGGUCGGCUGACACAGCUGCGGGCGCUACAACUGGUGGGGGUGGUUCCUAACCAGGCAACUGCGUCCUGUUUGGCGCGGCUGACAGGGCUGCAGCACCUGCAUUUGGAGAUGGGGCAUGACGGGUUCGACAAUUCAAUGCAGGUCAUCGACCUCCGCCUCCACACCCUCUUAACCAGCCUUGUCUUCAUCGCCCGACCGCUGGGACACCCCUCAGCGGCAUCCCCGCCAUACCGGGGCUGCAGCCGCACCUGCAUCCCAGCCAUCAACCCCAUGCCGUGUCCCCAAGUCCUCCGCCGGUCGCUGCAGCUCCUGCCCCCCUCCCUGGAGGCGCUUGCCGUGGACAUGCUGCCCUGGCGCCCCCGCCAACCCACCUUGGAACCGGGCGGGCGAUGGCGGCAAGAGCCCCAGCUGGCGCUUGCUGCGACCGCGCCCGCACCCCCGCCCUCAGUAGCAUCAGCAACUGCAGCAGCAGCAGCAGCGCCAAUAAAGCCAAGACUGCGGCUGCUGGCAUGUCCUCCCGACCUGCUCCCAUGCCUGCUAGAUCUGGGCCUGCAGCUGCAACACCUGACUUGCCUGCGACUGUGUGCCGUACGGCCUGCUGCGGAGGCGUCCGCUACAUGGGGGACACAAGUGGGCUUGCCGUACGAUUGUUGUUUUCGUUGCAGCAGUUGUGGUGGCUGCAUGGGUGGAUCCGCUGUUGGGUCGUACGGCUGCGGUAGCGACCUUUCUAGCGGCGGUCAUAAUGGUGACAACAACGUUCAUGCAUGCUGUACGGCAGGGGCACCGCAGGAUUUGUGCCGUACAGGGCCGUACAAGACAAUCGGAACGCCGGCAUUGUCGUCAGUUGGUUCAGGAAUGGAGCUGGUGGCGUUGACGGCUCCCAAGGCGGUGUACGGCUGUACGGAAGUCCUAGCGGCGCUGAGGGCACUGCCGCCGCAUUUGUUGUCAUACACACAUUUGAGUCGUACAACAACGGUGGUGGAGGCGGGAAUGGCUUCAGUGGUGGCAUCAGGUGAGGUGGGACGCCGGGAAGGGUAAGGGUGAAGGUGGGGAUGAGGAGAGGCAGCAUCAACGGCGGUGGGGGCAUCAGCGGCGGGGGCGAGUGAUGUUGGUAGUCUCGCGGUUGCAGGGCUGGGAGGUGGAGGUGCUGAACAGGGAGGUGGAGGCGGCGACGGCGGGCAGGUGCGCAUGUGAGCUGCUGGCUGGCUGAGGGUUGGGGUUUAGUCGCAGAGGGGGCUUUGCGUUGAACUGGUCAUUAAUUUUUUCUAGGUGGACGACCAUCCACAGCAGGGGUGGUGGUAGCGAAAUGGGCGCCAUGCUGCGAGCAGGGAUAUGAACUCAACGGAGCCGAAGGUUAUAUGUAAACCAAACAUGGG